CUCAGUUCGCCGGUCCUUGGUUUCUCUACGCCACGUGAGGUUUCAGAGCGGCUCCUGACAUCACUGGUCUCUUGUUGUGACGUCAAACGUCAGGCUUCCAUUGCCCGAACGUCAGCAAGAUGCCUCGCGGAGGAAAGCAUGAGGUUGGAGAAGAAGAGGAGGAGGAGGAGGUGAAAGGGAAGGAAACAGAAAAAGUGGUGAAGAAAGGAAAAAAGGACAAGAAAGGGAAAAAAUCGUUUUUUGAGGAGCUGUCUGCUGAUAACAAGCAGGCACAGGAAGAGGAGGCUGCGAAGGAACGGGAAAAGGAAAAGGAGUUGCAACAGCAACAGCAAAAAAAGAGAGAAAAAAAGAAAAAAGAUCGUCGGAAGCAAAAAGGAGACGAAGAUGAUGAUGAUGAAGAAAAGAAAGAAAGAGAAAUUGCAGAGAGGCUAAAAAAGCUGUCAGUGCAAGCAAGUGAUGAAGAUGAAGAACCAGAUGUAAAACCUGCACCCAAAGCUGGGAAGAAGCAGGGGAGUAAUAUCUUUGCAGCCCUAGUAGAGGAUCAAAGUGAUGACGAAGAAGAAGAAGAGCAGGUAUCCAACCAGGUGGAUGAGAAAAAACAAAGUAAAGGGAAGAAAAAUGUGAAAGGAAAACAUAAGGCUCCUGAAGAAAGACCAGAAAGUGAGGAGGAUAUUCCUAAGGAGAAAUCAAAGGGCAAAAAACCUGUCCCCAGUGCUGCUUCUGUUAAUGAAGAAGAUGAGAAAAAAACUGAGAAGGGGAAUAAGAAAUCAAAACCAAGUCAGAAACCUGUCUCCAAGGCUGCAUCUGUUGAGUCUGAUGAAGAGAAAAAACCUGAGAAGGGGAGUAAAAAAACAAAACCAAGCCAGAAUCGGUUUGGUGCCUUAGACAUAGAGGAAGAUCAUGUCAGUGGAGGAUCAAAAGAAGGGUCAGGUGAUGAGGGUGAGACAGAAGACAAGACAACCGCUGCUGAAGAUCCUUUUGCCAAUUUAAGCAAAAAGGAGAAAAAGAAGAAAAAAAAAAUGCUGGAAUAUGAGAAACAAGUGGCUACUAUGAAGAAGAUAACUGCUGCAGAAAAUGACUUCUCUGUGUCACAAGCAGAACUGUCAUCACGACAAGCCAUGCUGGAAAAUGCUUCAGAUAUAAAGAUAGAAAAAUUCAGCAUUUCUGCCCACGGGAAGGAGUUGUUUGUUAAUGCCGAUUUAUAUGUGGUAGCAGGUCGGCGCUAUGGAUUGGUUGGGCCUAAUGGGAAAGGCAAAACCACUCUCCUAAAACACAUAGCAAACAAGGCACUGAACAUACCCCCAAACAUUGAUGUCUUGCUGUGUGAGCAAGAGGUUGUUGCUGAUGACACACCUGCAGUCCAGGCUGUGCUUAAAGCUGAUAAGAAGCGACUAAAGUUGCUAGAGGAGGAGAGAAAACUGCAAACCCGACUUGAAAAGGGGGAUGACAAUGCUGCCGAAAGAUUAGAAAAGGUGUAUGAGGAGUUAAGAGCUAUGGGGGCUGCAUCUGCCGAGGCCAAGGCGCGCAGGAUUCUGGCUGGUCUUGGCUUCACGCCUGAAAUGCAGGACAGAGAAACCCGUCGAUUUAGUGGAGGUUGGAGAAUGAGAGUCUCUUUGGCCAGAGCUCUCUUCAUGGAGCCAACUCUACUGAUGCUGGAUGAACCUACCAAUCACUUGGAUCUCAAUGCUGUUAUUUGGCUUAACAAUUACCUUCAGGGCUGGAAGAAAACUCUUUUAAUUGUGUCCCACGAUCAAGGGUUCUUAGAUGAUGUCUGUACGGAUAUAAUGCACCUGGAUUCACAGAAGCUGUAUUAUUAUCGAGGCAACUACAUGACAUUUAAGAAGAUGUACCAGCAAAAGCAGAAGGAACUGCAGAAACAGUAUGACAAGCAAGAGAAAAAACUCAAAGACUUAAAAGCAGGAGGAAAGUCAGCUAAACAAGCGGAGAAGCAGACAAAAGAGGCACUAACUCGCAAGCAGCAGAAGUGUCAGAAGAAGAACAAUGACAAGGAAGACAAUGAUCCUGUUGAAUUACUAAAGAGGCCCAAGGAAUAUACUGUGAAAUUCACUUUUCCAAAUCCACCUCCACUCAGCCCUCCAAUUUUGGGUCUUCAUGGUGUGGAUUUUUGUUAUUCUGGACAAAAGCCACUGUUCAAAAACUUGGAUUUUGGCAUAGACAUGGACUCUAGAGUGUGUAUUGUGGGCCCCAAUGGAGUAGGGAAGAGUACACUGCUCUUGCUGCUGACUGGAAAACUUACUCCUACCAAAGGAGAAAUGAGAAAAAAUCACAGACUGAAAAUAGGAUUCUUUAACCAGCAAUAUGCAGAUCAGCUAAACAUGGAGGAGACAGCUACAGAAUAUCUACAACGCAAUUUCAAUCUUCCAUAUCAGGAUGCACGCAAAUGUCUGGGAAGGUUUGGUCUAGAAAGCCAUGCACAUACCAUCCAGAUCUGCAAGCUGUCAGGAGGGCAGAAAGCUAGAGUGGUUUUUGCUGAGCUGUGUUGCAGGGAACCUGACGUAUUAAUUUUAGAUGAACCCACCAAUAACCUAGAUAUAGAGUCAAUAGAUGCUCUUGCGGAAGCGGUGAAUGAAUAUAAAGGAGCUGUUAUCACAGUGAGCCAUGACGCCCGGCUUAUUACAGAGACGAACUGUCACUUGUGGGUGGUAGAGGACCAGACUGUAAAUCAAAUAGAGGGUGAUUUUGAUGACUAUAAGAGAGAGGUCUUGGAGAGCCUGGGAGAAGUGAUAGUGAACAAACCACGGGAGAGGGACUAAGAAGAGCAAUACAUUAGAUAAGUCAAACAAAGGAGUUCUGGGAUGAGAAGGUGUUCCACUUCCCUGUCAUAUCUGGCUCUAACACCUGAGCUGCUGCAUCACAAUGGGUCUGCAUAACUCAUUUUUAUUACUAUUUUGCUGCCUUGUUACUAAAGAAUAUUAAAUAUUUAUAUAUUGGCUCUCAA